AUGUUUGACAAAGAUCCUGAAAAGUCCAAGGACAACGAUGUCGAUAUCCUCCACCCGACCACAACCCAUGGCGAAGGCACGGUGAGACGCGCAUCGAUUGUCGAUGAUGUCUUUGGCGAAAUCACGGAAGAUGGGCCAAACUAUCGCGCUGUGGGAUGGAAGGCGACUACUGUGUUGAUGUUGAAAACCCAGAUCGGUUUGGGUGUGCUAUCCAUUCCGCAGGUAUUCCACAGUCUCGGCCUCAUCCCAGGUGUCAUCUGUUUGCUGGUCAUCGCGACAAUGACGAGCUGGUCCAACUACAUUGUCGGUGUCUUCAAACUACGUCAUCCAGAUGUGUACGGCAUUGAUGAUGUUGGUCGGAAGCUCUUUGGUCGCGUUGGAUACGAAUUCUUCGGUAUCACUUUUGCUCUCUACUGGAUCUUUGUGGGCGGUUCUGGUAUGCUGGGCAUUGCAACUGCGUUGAACGCUCUCUCAUCGCAUGGAGCUUGCACUGCUGUUUUCGUUGCUGUCGCUGCCAUUAUCGGCUUCGGCUUGGCCAGCAUUCAAACAUUAGGUCGCAUCUCCUGGCUUGCCUGGAUUGGUGUAGUUAGCAUUUUAAGUUCGAUUUUGGUUUUGACAAUCGCCGUCGGUGUGCAAGACAAACCGGCUGAUGCUCCUGUGACGCCGGGACCAUACAAGUCAGAUUACAAGCUUUUCGGUGAUGCCGCACCUGCCGAAGCCUUUGCGUCCCUUUCCUCCAUCGUCUUUGCGUAUGCUGGAACUCCAGCUUUCUUCAAUAUUGCCUCGGAGAUGCGUGAGCCUCGUCACUAUACCCGCGCAGUCAUCAUCUGCCAAUCUGUCAUGACUGCUGUAUACAUUGCCAUUGGCUGCGUUGUCUACUACUUUUGCGGGUCUUAUGUCGCCUCGCCUGCCUUAGGCUCUGCUGGUCCGACGAUGAAGAAAGUGUGCUACGGACUUGCUUUACCGGGCUUGAUUGUCAGCACGACUCUUUUUGUACAUUUCGCAUCCAAGUAUUUCUUCAUGCGAAUCCUCCGUGGUUCCACACAUCUCGUACGCAACACGCCAACUCAUUGGAUUACUUGGAUUGGCUGCACUGCCGGCAACGCGCUCGUGUCGUACAUUGUCGCCAGUGCGAUACCUGUCUUUGGUGGACUGGUUUCUCUCAUUGGUGCCCUUCUCGGUACGCUCAUGUCGCUCCAACCUAUGGGUUGCAUGUGGCUUUACGAUAAUUGGCGCAAGUCAAGGACCGGCUCAUGGUACUUCUGGGCAGGUUGGAGUAUAUUCAUUAUCACCGCUGGUUGGUUCCUAACAGUUGCUGGAACGUAUGGCUCCAUUGUCGGUAUCAUCGAUAGCUACGCAGCCUCGGGUGGCUCGGCUGCUUGGAGUUGUGCCGACAAUUCCAACUCGUCGUAG